UCGGUCCACGCCCCGAAUUCGCUCUGCCUCCGUCAACACCAAGAACCAGCUCUAUCGCAAUUUUGCAAACCUCACGAUAUAACUACUGAUCCCCAGCGGAGCUCAGCAACAUGGCAGAUGACAAGGCGUCAGUGCGUAGCGAUGCAGGCCAACUUCGCAUCCAAUACCUCACGUUUUACAAUAUUGUCUUCGCGGCGCUCUGGGCAGCAGUCGGCAUCACAGCACUCAUCUUCGUCUGCCUCGGUUCCUCCAAAGCCGAGAUUUUUCGCGAAGUAGAGCCUCUUGCGCGAUGGACACAGACACUCACCCUUAUCGAAAUCAUGCACGCUGCUGUUGGCAUCGUGAAGUCCCCCGUGAGCACAACAGCCAUCCAAGUUCUCACGCGCUGCAUCCAAGUUUGGAUGAUCUGGUGGUGCUUCCCCUUCAGCACCGCCUCCUCCCACGCCUUCCUCAUUCUGGUGCUUGCAUGGGCGGCAGCGGAUGCGAUUCGCUAUCUUUACCUUGCGCUGAACAUGCACGGGAAAGCGCCCAAAUAUCUUGUCUGGCUUCGGUACACCAUGUUCUAUCCUCUGUACCCCAUCGGUAUCGGCGCUGAGUGGUGGCUGAUGUACAGGAGCGUGGGACCCGUGGGCAGGGUUAAUGCUGCGUUGCCAUACAUGUGGUACUUUCUACUGGCGUUAUAUGUUCCUGGCGCGUAUACGAUGUUCACAUACAUGGUUAAGCAGAGGAAAAAGGUCUUUGGUAGAAGGGCGAAGAUGGGAUAAUACAAAGCUACUGGCCUUGUCACACAAGGUCUGGUUGUUCAAGCGUGGGUAUUCGGGGCGUGGGGGUGGUCGAACCACGCCACAUCCUUGAAGAAUUCACCGCAUGAUGUUGUCCUUGACAGCUGUAGGCAGGGGGAAU